AUGGCAUUUACCGAUCGCAUUGGUAAGGAAAAGAGUCGCCAGGGUCAGUGCAUCAGUGAUUCAGAAACCGAUCAGGACCAUCAGAGGAGACCGGGCUGCUUGAAGCCUUGCAAUUCUAAGAGUGCUUGGAAACCGAAACCGUGCCUUCAGCUGAAUUCAGGAGGUUCCAGUUCAUCGGCCUCAUCGGUCGAUCUGCCGUCAACGUGUACGUUUGGCGACUCAUCGAAUACGCCGGUUCUACCGUCUGCGCUGAAGCACCCAAAGGACGAGACGAAGUCCAGUCACGUUAUGGCUGACGGUCGUAUGUCCAGACUGAAUCGCCGCCAUUCGGACUGCGGCGGCAAGCGACUAUGUUACGAAAGCGCCACCGAUGUUUGCACGAACGCCACUGUUGAAGUACACGGCUGCAACAGCGGUGAGAAGAUCAUCCUGGUAGUCGAUGAAACGCGCUUCAUCGUCGAUGACUCGGUGCUUAAAUCAAAGCUGAACACCAUGCUUGGCAGGAUGUUUGGAAGCUCAAGAGAUCACAACCUCGUUCACCCAAAUGAACGUGGAGAAUACGUGGUUGCAGAAGGAAUUACAGCAAGUUGCUUUCGUGCCAUUCUGGAGCUGAACCUCUUCUGA